ACAUUCAUCAAGUUUAUAUACAAACUGAAAUGAAACAUGUAAUAUAUUAUAAAAGAAUUCUCAAAAAUAGUGUAAAAUAUAUUUCGUAAAUGUGUAAUAUAUAGAGGCUAUUUGCCAACAUGGCCGCGCCCAUCAUUUCUGUUUUUGACACAGAUGCCGAAGUAGCAGAAAGACUGUGUUCAUUUGUUAUUGAGAAAGCAAACGCAGCAAUCGCUAUUCAUGGAAUUUUUACAGUCGGUUUAUCAGGUGGCAGUCUGGUGAAAUACCUCUGCGAUGGGCUGCCUGGGAAGGCUACAGACUGGUCCAAGUGGAGGAUAUUCUUCUGCGAUGAGCGCUAUGUACCGUAUGACAGCACAGACUGCACAUACACACCUUACAAAAAGGGACUGGUCGACAAAGUGGGCAUGAGCUCAGACAAUAUAUUUCCAAUUGAUCCAAAUCUCUCAGUCUCAGAGUGCGCCCGUGACUAUGCAGAGAAGAUCAGGCAUGUGUUUCCUGGCCUCGGCUUGCCACGGUUUGACAUGCUGCUGCUGGGCAUGGGACCGGAUGGGCACACCUGCUCACUCUUCCCGGGUCAUCCGCUUCUACAGGAGAGGGAACAGAUAAUUGCACCAAUCACAGACAGUCCAAAGCCUCCCCCUUGCAGGGUCACCAUGACCUUGCCAGUUGUGAACAAUUGCAGGUGUGCUGUGUUCGCAUCAUGUGGAGUGGCCAAGGCAGACAUGGUGCAGGUCGUAUUAGCAACGGUGAUCUCAUAUUUUAUAAAGCUGGAAACCAAAUACAGUGUGCCCGUGGUCUCUGACAUUCCAACAGGGUUACCUAUGCCAAACCUGAAGAAUUUCUCUCAAAUUCCCGAAGUAAUCUCAGAUGCCAUAGCACUCGCGAUCGUCAUCUUUGCAAUCUCAAUCUCCAUGGGAAAACUUCUGGCACAGAAGCACGACUAUGAAGUCAAUGCUGAUCAGGAACUGGUGGCCUACGGUAUUUCAACGAUAAUCUCGUCAUUUCUCUCGUCUGCUGCCCCGUGUGCAUCGCUGUCCAGAAGUCUUGUCCAGGAACGAGUCGGCGGUAAAACACAGGUUGCUGGCCUGAUUUCUUGUGCUCUACUGCUGGUCGUCAUCCUGGCUAUCGGACCCUACUUCAGAACAUUGCCAAAUUGCGUGCUGGCAUCCGUCAUUAUAGUCGCCCUACGUGGAAUGUUUUUGCAAGCACUUGAACUGCCAAAACUCUGGAAAGUCUCUAUCAUUGACUUCGCUGUGUGGAUUGUUGCCUUCCUGACUACAGUUUUACUGGAUGUUGACCUAGGAUUGGGCUGCGCAGUCAUUUUCAACCUUAGCACCAUCUUGUUUCGAAGCCAAAGAUCUUAUGCAACCCUUUUGGGACAGAUACCUGGCACAGAUAUUUACAGAGACAUCCAUGUCUAUGAGAAGGCCAAGGAGGUGCCAGGGUUAAAGAUCUUCAGGUUUGAACAUUCCCUAUUCUUUGUCAACAUAGAGCACUUCCGGUCACUGCUGUACAAGAAAAUUGUGAAUCCACGAACACUUAAAAUCACCCAGAAGAAACAGGCCAGCAAGUUUGCAAAGGCCAACAAAGAAGCAGAGCUAAGUAAACCACAAACCCAGAUUGUCCAGUCGGAGAAUCUACCAGAUAUGCCAGUCCCGAUGGACUCGCUUGACAUGGAAUUGCAGACAUCUAGUAACCAGAUCAGUGUCAACAUGGUCAGCAAGUCCGUACGCGAGUGUCCACUAGACCUUGACUUUCAUACCAUCAUCUUCGAUGCAUCCCCAUGGAACUUUAUUGACGUUAUGGGUGUGAAAGCUCUCAUUGCAGUAAUCGGUGAGUUUAAAGCCGUGGGUGUGAAAGUCAUGUUGGCCAGCUGUAGAGCUGGAAUUAGGAAGAUGUUUAAGAAAACCGACUUCUACAAAACCCUUGACAACACCAAUAUCUUUGUGUCUGUUCAUGAUGCUGUUCUUAGAGCACAGUUCGGUGAUGAGCCCCCACCCAUACAGAAUGGCUUGACGAUAGAACACGAAGAUGCCAAUGAUGAGGACAAUGACACUGACAGCCAGAUUGAAGUCCAUUAUGCAGACGAUGAUGUGGGAAGCAGGAAAUUAGUUGUCAUUUCACAUCUUUGAUGACUGGCCAGUUUAUUGAGUAAAUCAACGGACAGAGGCCAGUAAAAUGGACUGCUAGAUAUGUGUAGUAACGCACAUAAAAAUGGGAUAUAUUUCAUUACCGUUAUUAUCGCUGGUAGUCAACAGAGAACAGAAUAAUGAACCAAUGUUUGUAUUGGUAAAAAAAGCUAGACUGUGUGAAAAUUAAAAGCGCUGAAGAUGAUGAAGAAGAGAAAACCUGAUUGGGAACAUUCAAGUGAUUAUAUCCCACCAACGUAGUAAUCUUUGAAUGAAAUGCACACUAUUGAAAAUUGGGGUGCGUCACAUGCGUACAUAUACAUGUAAAUGAGAUUAUGUGUGUUAAACAUGAUUAAAAUCAUGCGGAUAUUAGUAACAGUAACAGAUCAAUGGUCUUUGGUAUGAAAGUGCUCAACUUGCUGUUGUCCUGGUUUAAUUAAGUUUUUAUGUUGAUCUGGUUUUCAUAGCACUGUUUGUUCAGAAAUGCCAAUAUCAUUCAAAUGGUUACGCUUUCAAACAAAUAAACAGACACAAGGUUUACUCUAUAUGUGUCAUGCUUUACUGUUGAAAUGUUUAAGUUUUAGUCAUAUAAAGAGUGAAAGCUUGAUGAAGUGAAGCAAAUGAACAAUACACUUACAUCUUGUUGAUGUCAUUAUUAAACAUAUUUUUCAGGUUUUGGAAUGUGCCUGUUUAUUUUUUUAUUGAGAAUCACCAUUAAACCAUAGUCCUUAGUAAUUAUUAUGAUCAUUUUUGUAUGUAACAUUCAUAUAGAGAAAUGCUUUUGUUAUAAUUAGAAAACAACUGGUACUUAAUGUUUUCGUAAUGUCAAACACUCCUUUUGUUUUGAAACUGCAUUCUCUGUUUGAAAGUGGGUUUCUUAAUAUCAUUGUGAAAAGUAUAGAUAUUUGUCAUACAUGCAAAAAUCCAUUUCUGACUUAAAAUGAAGCAUUCUUUCUUAUCGAUUUCUUCAUGCAAUAUAUAUUUUGUGUUAAGUUUCUUAUUUACAUCAAACUGUUAUUUAAAAUCACUGUUGCUGCAUGCUUGUUGAUAUCUGCUUACAAUGUGCUGUUGGUUAUUUUGUGUUAAUCCCCAACCACGAAGCCAAAGGGGGGGAUUACUGGAAUUAUCUUUGUUAAUCUAUUAUAUGUUCCUGAAGUCUUAAUGCAUCCGAUACCUUUUGACGGAUUUUCAUGAAUUUUUCUAUAUAUGUUUAAGACAGUUACAAAAUUUGCAAGGUUGCACUGCGAGGUUGAACUUUUUAGCUUCCAUUUGCUUGUCAGCUCCAUAUCUUCUAUGCACAUUAAUUGUUUUUAUAUUGACUUUAAUGUGAAGGUCAUUGAGACAAUAUGCAAAAGGCAUGAGUCAGGCAGGCCAGCUUAAGGUCAAGGUUAAACUUCAAGGUCAAAAGAGUGAGCCUCUUUUUUUUCGCACUUUAUCUUCUAUAAACAUUGAAGAACUUUGAAGAAUUCAAAAUCUUUUGUGUCAUUGGCCGUCUGUGCAGAAGGUAUUGGUACCAUCUUGCUGGCUUAAGAUCAAGGUCACCGUUUAUGAAAGUAUAUGACAGAUUUCAAAAAUCUUCUUAGGGGACAUAGCUGUCCCUUGACUUCCUUAAUAUCUUCACUACAAAUAGAACAUUCUUUAUAACUGUGAGAACACAGUUUCUUGUGGUUAUUAACAUUAGAUGUUAAUCAUAGAUUUCCACUCAGAAAUUAUAAUAAUUAUGACUGUAUAGUCAUACAAAUAGUCCCUUAUUAAAUGUGGUGAUUCCAGAUCAAAUAUUUUAAUGAAAUAUUCUUGGUUUGGCUCUGUAUUGCAUUGCUUCUCGAAGAAGAAUCAUAGGUAUAGGGAUUGCUUUAUUUAUUAAAUUGUAAAAUGAAGUCAAGGUCAGGUGACAUCCGUAUUGGUGGGCACACAUACAAACCUUAACUAAUGUGCAGUUAUGUACUUAUGUUAGGUUGCAGAUCAAAUUCUGUUGGUGAAAUCCAUUGUUUCCUGUGUAUGACACGGUAAAAAGCAAUUGUGUAUGUUUAAACCAUUGAGACAUAAUUAUAAUGAAUUGAAGAAAUUAUUUAAGAUAAGAGCAAUAUACGAUAUUUGACAUGUUCAGGAUUUAAUUUGUGGGAGUCCAGAUCACAUGCUGUAAAUUAUUUUAUCAAUACAAUCAAGAGCUGUACUCAUAGAGUCACUUCAUUAUGAAAUUGUUUAUUUGCUGAUUAAAUAAAUAUUGAGUCACACUCUGUGAAAAUGGGGUUUAAUGCAAGAGCAUAAGUGUUGUCCCAGAUUAGCCUGUGCAAUAUGCAGAGGCUAAUCGGGGACGACACUUUACCCCUCCACUUGAUUUUUGCUAAGAAGAGUCUUUCUUAAAAUAAGGAAAAUAUAAAAGCGAAAAAGUGUCGUCCUAGAUUAGCCUGUGAAGACUGCACAGGCUAAUCUGGGACAACACUUUACUCACAUGCAUUAGACUCCCUUUUCACAGAGCACGGCCCAUAUCAUUUAAAUUAUCUUGAAUUAUUUAUCAGUUAUUGUACAUUUGUAAACAAUAUUUGAAAGGCUCAUUCCCUUGUUAUCCCUGUUCCUGAAAUAUGGCUCAUCUGUUGAAGAGAUUGAGUUUGUUUGACAAGAUAUUUUGUGUUUGUUGUUGAGUAUUUAUGUUUUGUGUUAUUAGUGUUUUUAUCUCAACUAUUCAUCAAAUAGUCAGAGCUUUUCUACUCACCCAAUUGUUGGCCUCAGUGUAACAUGCUCUAGGUAUUCAAUGGAAACUUUAAAAAUGUUUUAAGAGUCAUUGUUGGACUUUUCUGACCAAGUUUCAUGACUCUGAAUCUGCAAUUUAGCAGAAUAAAGCCCUUUUUGUAUUUAGAAAAUUCUGCUUAUUGUUCACGUGCAACUACUUAAUAUCCAUGGAUCUACUACAAAUUUUGAAACAAAACUUCACUUACAUGUUAAGGGUCUUCAUUAAUAUUAUAUGACACACUGACCUGCUUUUUAUGAUUCUGCUCCAUUUUGUCCUAAGUUUGGUUAAACUGUUAAUCUAAUCCAGAUAUUCAUUUGAAACUUUACACAUGUUUUGGCGAUCAAAAAUCUCACAGCCCAACCCCCACAAUUCUGACUGGAAUUAAGCAGACUAAUGCCACUUUUUGUAUUUAAACAGUUCUGGUUAACUUUUGCUUGCAACAAUUUCUAGAUAACAUUAGACCUUGCAUGGGUUGCUUUCGGGGCUAGAUGGAUCAAGGUCAAGGCCAUCGGUGCUAAAAACAACAAAAAGUGUGCAGUAAGUAACUUCGCCAAGGAUGCGGAUAUUUUGCAGAAAGUGUGUAGGUACAAUAUAAGCUGAUUUUAUGAGAAAUUGCAUUUGGAAAAGUGUGGUCAAGGUCAAUAUUACUAUUUACCGAAUAAAUUCCCGCUCAAAAAAUUGAAUUUGUAUGAUUUUUCUCUACAAUUUUGUGUGUAGGUAUGGUCCAUGCAGAGCUAUGUUGGGAUUGCAUGUGGGGGUCAGUGAAAUCAAGGUCAAUGUUAUUCAGACAGUUUCCGCUCAAUAAAUUUAUUUUUGAUGUAAUAAUUUUGCUAUAAUUUUGUUUUUAGGGCAUCUUUCAUGCAUAAUUAAGUUAGGAUUGCAUUUGGAGCUGGUUGAGUCAUUUGUAAAUUGUACUUUGUUAAUUUAUCAAGUCUUCAUCUUUUUAUAUACAUAUAAUGUAUAACUACUACAAAUAUUCAACUUAAAAUAUGUCUUUGUGGUGAAUUAUUAGGUUACUGACAGAAAAACAACAAUAUUAUACUAUACUCAAACCAGAAAAGUUGAGCAUUCUGUCUUGGAGCAGCUCUUGCUAUUUACAUUUAUUUUUCCUCACACAUUGAACAUUUACUUGCAGAGUUCUAAUUACAAAUAUAGCUUUACACUGACUAUUGAUAUAUACAUAGAUGUAUUUCAAAGUAUGAAUUUUAAUUAUAUAAAUUAUAUUAUUUUUAUACUGUCUGGUAUUUAAUCAGCCACGUUUGAUGACCAUUGAAACAAGGAUUUUAUAUGAA